CGAAGGCGGGAUGACCGGCAACAAUGUAAUCCUAGUCUAUACCGGUUCUCGUCAACGUUAAAUGUCAGAUGAACAUUCAUAAAAGCUGGACAUCCCCAGAGUUACGUUAUUCUUCUUGAAAGCGGUCUAUUAACGAUCAAGAAAUCCUAGUCCCUCCAGCAACAUUCCCACAACGCUCAAGGUCGGCCUCCCGCUUCGUCAUAGCCUAGUGCCAAGGCUCGUGCACCCCCGUUCCAGCCACAGUCCCCUCUCAGUCUCUCUUGACACUCCCUCAUCCUCUCCAUCUGUCCGCUCCCUGAUCCCCUCCUUCCUCGGAUCAAAAUCAGCAUCCAAUCCUUGUCGCAUUCCCCCCCAGUGGCCGGUCCGCCCUCCUACCAUUCCGAAGACGCCACAGGUGAGCGUCACACCUCCGCACGCCUGUCCUCUUCCCUACUCGCCUUGGGCCGCCUUCCGGAGCAACGACAUCGAGUGGGCUGUGAGAGCUUGGCAAGAAACUGUCCGCUAUAACCUUACGAAUCGCCCUAUCGGAUAUUACUCCUUAUCUGCAUCCUUCAUUGCCCCUAUCCCACCGCAACCGUCGCGUCUAUACCUGCCACCAUGUCGAAGGUCGUUCGCAGUGUCAAGAACGUUACAAAGGGAUACUCCUCGGUGCAGGUGAAGGUCCGGAAUGCUACCAGCAAUGAUCCAUGGGGCCCAACGGGCACUGACAUGUCCGAGAUCGCGGCCAUGACAUUCGGGAGCCCAAACGAGUUCUACGAAAUCAUGGACAUGCUCGACAAGCGCCUCAACGACAAAGGAAAGAACUGGCGCCAUGUGCUCAAGUCAUUGAAAGUGCUGGACUACUGCCUGCACGAGGGUUCCGAGCUGGCGGUGACAUGGGCCCGGAAGAACGUCUAUAUUAUCAAGACUCUGCGCGAAUUCCAAUAUGUUGACGAGGAGGGCAGGGAUGUAGGCCAGAAUGUACGUGUGGCUGCAAAGGAACUCACUGCGUUGGUGUUGGACGAGGAUCGACUGCGCAGCGAACGUUCAGAUCGCAAACUUUGGAAGACCCGUGUGAGUGGACUGGACGAUGGAUACGGAGGAGGAGGAGGCAGCGAGCCAUCUCGUCGGGAGCGCCGGCGACCCCGCCGUGACGACGAGGAUGAUACUGAAUACCGAUUGGCGAUCGAAGCCAGCAAAGCUGAAGCCGAGGAGGAGCGCAAGCGGCGGGCAAAGGAAGCCAACAAUGACGACGACGAGGACCUGGCCAAGGCGAUCAAGCUCAGUCGGGAAGAAGAGGAUCUGCGGAAGCGUGAACUGGAGGAAAGCAAUGCACACUCGCUCUUCGACGAAACUCCGGCCCAGGUUCAGCCCACCGGCUUCAAUCAGGGUUACCAGCAGCAAGGUGCCGUCGACUGGUUCGGCAACCCAAUUAAUGUCCAACAACCGAUGACGACCGGCUUCUUGAACAACCAAUAUGCGCAGCCCACAGGAUUCCAAGGCCAGCCGACCGGCAUGGCCAACCCAUACGCCAAUGGCUAUCAGCAGCAGCAGCAGCCUUCUGUGUUUGACCAGAAUCCCUACGGCCAACCCCAGAACAAUUUCUUGCAGCCACAAGCUACCCUCCAACCUCAGCAAACUUCAUACAACGCCAAUAAUCCCUAUGGAACUACCGAUGUUUUCGGCCAGCAACAGCAGCAGCAGCAGCAGCAGCAGCAGCAACAGCAACAGCCCCAAGAGAACUACCUGUCCGCGGGAACCAACAAUCCUUGGGCUGUGAAUCAGCCCGCUGACGCAUUGAAGCCCAUGCCAACUGGCUCCAACAAUCCCUUCGCCCAACGCACCCAGCCCCAGUUCACCAACCAACCAGCAAAGCCGGGGCCACCAUCCCUUAACACUCUGGCCGAAGAUCGUGCCACCUCCCAAUUCAACAACAACCAGUAUAAUGCUAGCCAAUUCGCUCAGCAGCCCAACCAGCCCAACCCCAUUGCCAACUUCCAAGCUCCCCAGCCAUCAAAGAGCGUUCCGCCCCAGCCUGCCGAUCCUCACCACGCCCGUCUCAAUGCGCUUCUUGCAUCGGGCGAGGGCCAGGACACCUUUGGCAACGUUGGCGACUUGCGCAUCCCCGCGCAGCACACAGCUCCGGGUACCUUCGUCAACUCCGCAGGUCAGGGUUUGGAUCGUCUGCAUGCCGCCCAGACCGGCAACAACCCCUUCUUCGGCCAGCAGUACACCGGUAUGCCUCAGCAAACCGGAUUCAUGCAACAACAGCCCACCAAUAACCCAUGGGGUGCUCAGCAAAGACCGCAGCAGCAUGGCAGUAGUCUGAUUGACCUCUAAAUCAAUUAUUCUUGGAUACCGUCGAUUUCCCUUUCCCUUUCUUCACGAAGUCUCGAUCCCUUGCUUCGUCUUUUUCCUUCCUCCCUUAUCAAUCUCCCUCUUCCAUGUCACGCCACCUACUUGGAAAACACACCGCAAUUGCAUUGUGAAGCUGCACGUACCGGAUCCCGAACUUCCAUCAUCACAUUUUGCUUUUCUCCCUCUUUUUUUCCCACUUUCCCGCUGGGCCAGGGGAUUCCCUCGGUCGUCUUCUCUUUGUCUCUACAUGCUUUCCUCGUAUCUUACCCUACUGCUUCUUUUUUUUUCUCUCUUUUGUUGCCUCCGUUUUGUCAUUAGGAUAUCCUUCUCACUUCUCAUUUCUCAAUUGGGCUUAAGGUUUUUUUAUGCCUUG